UGGUUUGUUUUAAGCGGGAAGUUCGUCUUUUUGUCGCGGUUGAAUUUUGUUUAUUUAUUUCCUGCAGUUUUUACGGAUUAAACUAUGGAUCGCGGCAGAAUGAGCCGAGCAGGAGGCAGAAUGUCCGAGCUGCCAAUGAGGGUCCAGGACAGCAACCGCAUGAGUAUGAUCUACACCACCCCCCAGAGCAAACCCUCAUUUGGGAAGCUGAGUAUGUCAAAGCCUCAGUCUGUAACGUCGGAGAGAAGGACCAGUUUCUUUGGGGCCAGGACGAGUGGAGUCGGGGCCAUGUCGGGUUUCGGAGGAACAGAGAAAAUCAAAGAUGUCCGCCCUCUGCACGACAAGUCCUACGUUCAACAGUGCAUCAAACAGCUACAUGAGUUCCUGACUGACCAAGGCUUCCCAGGCCCCUUAUCACCCAAAAUGCUUCAGUCUCCUUCCACCAAAGAGUUUGUGAAGAUGUUUGAGUUCAUCUACCGCCAGCUCGACCCCACCUUUGAGAUGCCCAACCAGAAGGUGGAGGAGGAGGUCCCUGCACUGCUCAAAGCCCUGCGGUAUCCGUUUGUGCUGUCCAAGAGCUCCAUGUAUUCUGUGGGCGCCCCUCACACGUGGCCCCAGGUGCUCGGGGCCCUCAUGUGGCUCAUUGAUACUGUCAAGAUCACCCAGAGUCUGAGUAAACAGGAGCUUCUUUUCAGUGACUUCUGUGAAGACGAGCGAAACAUCGAGGAGGGAGUGGAGUACAACAAGCUGUUCUUUGACUACACUGCAGAGACCUACUCCAAGUUCAUCCAGGGACAGGACACGUUUGAGGACGAAGACGAGGUUUUUAUUCAGAAAUUACAAAAACUGUAUAACGUGGACGAGGCGUAUCUGGCCUCGAUGGAGGAAAAACACCAGUUCCUGAGCGAAGAGGUGGAGCGGCUGGAGAAGGAGAGCCACACGGACCGUCUGAUGCCCAAAAGGAUGGAGAAAGUGAAACUGCAGUCGGACCUGAAGAAGCUGCAGAGCUACAGGAGCAGUUUGGACACGUUUAAAUCCAACCUGGAGAGCAAAGACACCGAGCUGACAGAAGAGCUCGACAACACAGUGAGUCACCUGGACUCCCUGAAGCGUGAGCGUGACCAACUCCAGGUGCUUCUGCAGAAUCAGAAGUUCACUCCAGCCGACGUGGAGAGGAUCAACCGCGAGAAGAACGAGCUGCAGCAGACCAUCUCCAGCCUGAGCCGAUCUCUGGAGGAGGCCGAGCAGCACAAGUGGAACGAGGAGAUGGCUCUGGCCAAAGUCAAGGAGAAGAUGGAGCUGAAGCUGGCAGAGUACCACAAACUGGCCCGUAAACUGAAGCUCAUCCCUGUGUCUGCGGAGAACGCCUGUGGACACGACUUUGAGAUCAGACCUGGAGACUCCAACAUGGUCCAGCACAAGACGCAGAUACAGAUGCCACUGAGGAAGCUGAUCAGUGACGUGGAGGAGGAGAACAGUCGUUUGGCCAACGUGAAGCUGAGCCUGGAGGAGUCUGUGGAGCAGGUGAACUCAAACAUCUCAGACAAAGUGAACGACCUGAAGCAGCUGAGAGAACAGAUCAGAAAACUGGACGAUCGCCUGGACUCACAGAAACGGGACCUGGAGCGUGAGGAGCAGGAGUGGGCUGCGGAGAUAGAGUCCAUGGACAAACAUCGCUCUCUGCUGGAGAAGAAGGUGAACCACGGCUACGACGACGCAGUGCAGCAGCUCAAAGCCGCGCAGCAACAGUACCACUUGGUUCUGCAGGAGACAAAUGAGGAGAGGAGAACUGUAAAUAAUAACUUGGCCUCUGUGUUGGCCACUGCAGCGAAUCACCUGAGCAUCACAGAGAAAUGUCUGGAGGACGUGCACAGCAGAGUGAAGCGCGUCUGUGCGAAGGCCGUGGAGGAAGACGACGCUGCUGUUCUCCAGCUACGAGACACUUUGAAGAACUUUAGAGCCAAAGCCACCUGCCUGUAGAGCGUUUUUUGUUUGUUUGUUUUUUGGCGAAUAUAGCAUUUUCAAAACUAAAGGAAACAUGUGAUUUAAAUGUUAUGUGUUAGCAGUUAAUACCCCAUAGAAGUAAAAUACCAC